CCACUGAUAAAUAUCACACUUGCUUACUUGGAAAUGAGGUCCUAUGUCCAAAAUCCUGAACCACCCCUUUAAGUGGCUGACUUAUUGAAAUGAAAGCCCACCAGGAUUUCAAAGAACACAGUCAUUGGGAAAGGGAUGUGCCUCAGUGCUGUAUUAAUGAUUAAUGAGACAUUAUGUUGUCACUGAUUGUCAGAACACAUAAAUACCCUGGGUAAACCUGAUUGGGUCAGAGUAGUAGUUUAUUCUGAGGGACGGCCCUGGGUAAAUCUAAUUGGGUCAGAGUAGAACACAAGGACACCAAGAGGCAGGAGUGUCCAGAGAGCUAAUACAAAGAUAUGAGACUAACUAAAGGUGGGUUGACCAUACACCUCACUACAUAAAACAUCAUGAUUGUAAUUGAAGUGCUGAUGUAAGCGCAUCUGUAAUUUGUAUUAAAGAUUGAAAUGUGUUGUCUUGAAAUACUUGAAAUACACACCCCCCCCCCCCCCCACACACACACACACACAGACACAUACCUGUCCCAGGCAUUGCUCAGAUUUACUUUCUCUGUGUGUGUGUGUGUGUGUGUGUGUCGUGGGUACCAAGGACAUGGGGCAUUGUUUUUAGCUUAUAGAUGAUGAAUGAAGGGCCACAUGCUGCUCUGCCUCAGCACAUCCUGAGCACAAAGCCUGCUUGUGAAUCAAAGCCCAUCUUCUAUCUAAUCAGUGUGUGUGUGUAUGUGUGUCUAAUCAGACCACGAUAAGACACCUCUGAGGAGCCACCCGCCACACUGGACCUCUCCUCCUCUCAGGAUAUCGCAACAGGACUUUGAUCUGUGUGUGUGAGUGUGUGUGUGUGUGUCCGAGUGACAAGAAAACGUCUUGGGUCAGGACACACACCUGUAGAGGAGCACAAGUGAACACACAGACUUCUUCAUCUGCACAUGGACUGGUGCAACAAAUGCACAAUUGUGGCUUUACAGCUCAACCCAUCAAACGAUUAGUAGCUCUAGAAUUUCCAUACGCUGUCACUCACUGCUGGAUGUCCAGGGAGCUUCACUUCUGGAUUUGGAGCCGUGAUCUUGUUAGGAAUCCCAGCAGAGGACAAAACCUCUUGGUCUGAUGACAGGUGCCUCUCUCUGAAGCAACGAACUGAUCAGGGACUGACUCUUCCACUGGAAACUUGCACACACACACACAGCUACCAUGGCAGAGGCCCAGGACGAGGUGGUGUGUGAGCCGCGGCGGCGGCUGGACUACAGGGUCCAGCGGGAGGUGCUGGACGAGCUCUGUGUGGAGGACAUGGCGGAGAAAACACAGUCCACAAACCAGCUGGUGGAAAAACUCAAAGACUCAGUCAGGUGUUCUGGUCCCCGGCUGAAGAGCUGCUUCUUCUCCAGUGUUCCUGUGUUGUCGUGGCUGCCUCGUUACCCCUUCAGACAGAAUGCCAUCGGAGACCUCAUCUCAGGCAUCAGUGUGGGAAUCAUGCACCUGCCCCAGGGCAUGGCAUAUGCCCUGCUGGCCGCUGUGCCUCCGGUGUUUGGCCUCUACUCCUCUUUCUACCCCAUCCUCCUCUACUUCAUCUUCGGGACAUCCAAACACAUCUCCGUGGGCACCUAUGCGGUCAUGAGUGUGAUGAUUGGCAGCACCACGGAGCGCUUGGCCCCCGACUCUGACUUCAUGGUGUGGGAUAAUGUGUCCAACAGCAGUAUAGUGGACUUCAUUAGCCGGGAUGCAGAGAGGGUAAAGGUCGCUGCCGCGGUGACCUUCAUGUCAGGCGUAUUCCAGCUGCUUCUAGGCCUGGUGCAGUUUGGCUUUGUGGUGACGUACUUGUCCGAGCCCCUGGUGAGAGGUUACACCACAGGAGCUGCCAUCCACGUCAUCGUGUCCCAGCUCAAAUACACUUUUGGCAUCAGCCCUCAACGCUACAGUGGCCCUUUCGCUCUCAUAUUUACGGUGUUAGAGGUGUGCUCACUGUUGCCGGACACUAACAUAGGCACUCUGGUGGUCAGCAUUGUGUCCAUUGUUGGGCUCAUCAUCGCCAAAGAGCUCAGCACUCUCGUGGCCCGCAAGCUUCCUGUGCCCAUUCCUGUGGAGCUCAUCGCCGUCAUUCUCGCCACAGUUAUCUCCUGGCAAGUUGACCUGUCUCUGAACUAUAAAGUUGAGGUGGUGGGGGAGAUUCCAUCAGGACUCCAGCCCCCAGUUUUCCCAAAGGCCUCUCUGUUUGGUCAAGUGAUUGGGGAUGCUUUUGCUCUGGCAGUGGUUGGUUAUGGCAUUGCCAUCUCCCUUGGUCGGACAUUUGCCCUUAAGUAUGGAUACAAGGUGGACAGCAACCAGGAGCUGAUAGCCCUGGGGCUCAGUAACGCAGUCGGAGGGAUGUUCCAGUGCUUUGCUAUCAGCUGCUCCAUGUCCCGCAGUAUGGUGCAGGUCAGCACUGGAGGAAAAACCCAGGUGGCUGGGGCUCUCUCAGCUGUAGUCAUCUUAGUCAUCCUGCUAUGGAUCGGAUCGCUAUUUGAACAGCUUCCAAAGGCUGUUCUGGCAGCCAUCAUUUAUGUCAACCUCCAUGGAAUGAUGAAGCAAUUUGGUGACAUCAAAACCCUGUGGAACAGCAACAGAGUGGACAUGCUGGUGUGGGUGAUGACCCUUAUCCUGACAGUGCUGUUCAAUCCUGACCUGGGCCUGGCCGCCUCCAUAGCCUUCUCCAUCCUCACCGUCAUCUUCAGAACUCAGCUGCCUAAGUACUCCCUGCUCGGACAGGUUCCUGGAACCGAUAUUUACAGACCCAUAGAGGACUAUAAUCAGGUGAAAGAGAUUCCAGAGUUGGUGAUCUUCCGCUCCUCAGCCACUCUCUAUUUUGCCAAUGCUGAAAUGUACGCCGAUGCCCUAGCAGAGAAGAGCGGGGUGGACAUCGCCAAGCUGCUGUCCCACAGAAAGAAGCUGGAGUCCAAGAGGAAGAGAAAAGAGAAGAAGGAGGCCAAAAAGGCUAAGAAGCAGGCCAUGAAGGACAUGACCGAACGUGAAAGUGAGUCGGAUGACUCAGUGAAGGAGCAGGUGGUGUUCACCAUUGAGGCGGAGACGAAGCCUGGACCCAUCCUCCCUCGCGCCAUCAUCCUAGAGCUGAGUGCGUGUAACUUCCUGGAUACGGUGGGAGUCAAGACCCUCAGCAAUAUUCGUAAGGACCAUGGUGAGGUGGGAGUGCAAGUACUUCUGGCUGGUUGUCAAAGCUGUGUGGUGGAGAGUCUGGAGAAGGGCGGGUUCUUCAGUGAAAAAGUGACCAAAGCAAUCCUUUUCACGUCUGUGCACGAUGCCGUACUAUACUGCAACGCAGAUAGACAGGAAGAGGACAUGAAAGCAACGCUGCUUUGAAUUCUGAGUAUUGGCAGACACACACACACACACACACACACACAAACACACACACACACACACACACACACACACACACACAGGCGCACACAGAGAUAGCACACUUCAGAGGGGAAGUGCUCUGAGACAGCACAUCUCCUGUAUCUACUCCUCUAAUUGCCUUCAUUUUGUGUUUGUACUGCAGCUUAUGUAACUAAAUGAUUUUGGCCCACUAUGAAAUGAAAAUAGCUUCCCACUGCUGAGAUCCCUGCUGGUCUGUGUUUAGGGCGACAGCUUAUGUUUGUUUCUCUCGCUCCUACCAAGAGGAAUUUGUGAACAUUUUCAACAGCUCAAGACCUGCAUUAAACUUUAUGUUUAUGUCAAUCAUAAACCAUGAAACAACAUGACAAGCAAACCCAGCUGAAUUUGCUGGAGUGUGGUCCGAUGGCUAAAUUAAAUCCUAGACUGGAUUAUCGUGCCAUUUUUCCACUUGGGCCAUGAUUCAAAUGAAUGUGAUAUUCAUAAUUAAGGGCCUGACCUACUGUAUCAUCUGUUACUGGUCAGAUUCCAAAUGAGUCAAUUAGAUCAGUGGUUCUUAACUGGUGGGUCGGGACCCAAAAGUGGGUCGCGGAACCAUUCUGGGUGGGUCGUGGAGCUUGUGGUUAAAAAAAGAGAAGAAAUCGCCCAUUUCAAAUAGACUUAAAUUGAGACGAAAUGGUGCAGAAUCCACAGUGUGCGAUGUUCACAAUUGCUGGAACACGAGUGAAAAUGCCUCAUAAUAAAGUACACCUUUCAAAGACAGACCUGUCAAGUACUUUAAGGUGACAUCAGGAGUUGGAGACUUCACAAGUGUAAUGCCAAAGAGCAUGUUCCAAACAAAUAGGCCUACAGGCACUUCGCCUGUCUUAGCGUGUAGCUCACCACAUCUGUUGUCUUGAACGCUAUAAAAUAUAUAUGGGUCGUGACUUCAUGAACAUGGGAAAUUGUGGGUCCCAAAGCCAGACCAGUUAAGAACCACUGGAUUAGAUGACCCACGCACAGUGCCUUGGUUAAAGAAGUGGUAUGUGUUUUGUUAAUAGCCACACAGAGCAUGCUGUAGCAGGAAAUGUUAUGAGACACCAAACAAAAUACAGAUGGUUGUAUAUGACCAAGUGAUCAGAUGAUCAUCAGUUUGAUGUUGUUUUGUGUGUGUUUUUAUUUAUUGAUGAACAUUCCCAUGAAUAAAACAUAGUGAUAUGAACA